UUUGUGGAUUAUGGACAUGAAAUUAUACCUUAUUUUGUAUUUGCAAGGCUAAAUUCAUGACUAAAAUGUAACUUACAGCUUUUACUGAAGUUUGGACAACUUGUUUUGAUAAUCUUGGAGUGACAGACAGUAACAGUCACUCAAAUUUGGAGCACAUAGAUUUCUCUGUCGUGGUGUAAGUGCAAAUCUUUCCCCCUGGAUUACUUGUGGAGAUUAGUGAUGGGGAAUGCGGCGGGGGGGAGCGGGGAGCAGGACCCAUCGGAGAGGCGAGAGGCCCGGAGCUCUGUGGGGGGGUCCAGCACAGGGAUGGGAGAGUCCACACUGGCCCCGCAGAAGAAGCAGCCACCUCCUCCCAAACUGCCCAUGCCCCCCGAAGAGGAGCUGCAAGAGAGGUUCAAUAUGGUGCUGAGCUACAUGAACCUGCCUCCUGAUAAACUGCAGCUCCUGAGUGAGUACGACAAUGACAAGAAGUGGGAGCUCGUCUGUGAUCAGGAACGUUUCCAGGUGAAAAGCCCGCCUUCCACUUAUCUAACCAAAAUAAAGAGCUUAUACCAGGACCAUGGAGGAGUGCCACGUAGGGCAAAGAAAAGGAUCCAGGAAGCCACACAAGUCCUUAAAAACCUGGAGAUAUCUCUGCGUACAAACCAUAUCGGCUGGGCUCAAGAGUUUCUGAAUGAACCGAACAAAGGUUUGGAUGUUUUGGUCGAGUAUCUGUCUCACGCUCAAAGUGACGCUCCAUUUGAUGUGGACUCAGUUGAAAAUGGCGGUACUUUAUCAGAGCGAACCAAACCAGCUGAGCGGUCUGUGGAGGACCUGACCAAAAACACCAACAGCUCCCACUCCCACGGCGUCACCAAGGCAGCACGAGCUUUGACUGUCAGAAUAACAAACACGUUGGGGAAUAAGAUUUAUAAAAAGUCUCACACGUCGAGUCAGAGAGACGACAUCCAUGUUUGUAUCAUGUGUCUGCGAGCCAUCAUGAACUACCAGUCUGGUUUUAACCUGGUCAUGACCCAUCCAUCCUGUGUGAAUGAGAUCACUCUUGGUCUGAACAGCAGAAAUCCCAGGACCAGAGCUCUGGUGCUGGAGCUGUUGGCUGCAGUGUGCCUUGUCAGGGGAGGACAUGACAUCAUCCUCUCUGCUUUUGACAACUUAAGAGAGGUGAGCAAAGAAAAGACACGUUUUGAGAAGCUUAUGGAGUACUUUAUGAACGAUGACAGCAACAUCGACUUCAUGGUGGCUUGUAUGCAGUUCAUAAACAUCGUUGUUCAUUCAGUGGAAAACAUGAACUUUCGGGUCCAUCUGCAGUACGAGUUCACACAUCUGGGACUGGACAAGUAUCUGGAGAGCCUGAAGUUGACUGAGAGUGAGAAGUUGAAGGUGCAGAUCCAAGCAUACCUGGACAACGUGCUGGACGUGGGGGCUUUGCUGGAGGACGCUGAGAACCGAGGGGGGGUCCUGGAGCACGUGGAUGAGAUUCAGGAACACAACAUCCAGUUGAACGCUCGGCUUCAGGAGGUGGAGGAGCAGGCGACGGAGAGGAUUUCUGAGCUGGAGACAAAACUUCUUCAGGCCACAAAAGAGGCCGAGCUGCUCAAAGAGAGUCUGCGUGAGUCGUGUGCCCAGGUCAGCAGUCUUCAGCAGAGAGAGAGAGAGCGAGAGUUAGAUCUGGAGAGAGAAAAGGAUCGGGAACGCCGCGGCUCCAUUAUCCCACAGUCAAACUCCCAGCUGGAGCAGAAGAUCCAAGAACUCCAGGAUAAGGGUCUCAUCACAGUGACCAGAGGGGCAUCAGGGGAGGUGGACAUCCAGGUGGUGCCUGUCACAAAGAUCGAAUACGUCCAGGUGCCUACUCCAGCCUCGCUAGGCCAGAAUGAGACCACACCUGUACCUCUGCCCACUCCUGGAGGUCCUGAGGGUAUGCAAGGACCACCUCCACCCCCUCCUCCACCACCACCUCUACCCGGGACAGACUCUGUUCCUGCCCCUCCCCCUGCACCUGGCUCCAGCGUCCCACCUCCACCCCCUCCCCUACCUGGUGCUGGACCCCCUCCUCCUCCUCCACUCCCAGGAGCAGGACCCCCACCUCCUCCUCCACCCCCGGGAGCAGGACCCCCACCUCCUCCUCCUCCUCCAGGGAUGGGACCACCACCUCCACCUCCUCCCCCUGGACCAGGAGCGCCACCUCCUCCACCCGGAAUGGGACCACCAGGAGCUCCAAAGCCUGAGCCCGUUAAAACCAAGAAAACCAUUCAGACCAAGUUCAGGAUGCCCCUGUUGAACUGGCAGGCCCUCAAACCCAACCAGGUGACCGGCACAGUGUUCAACGAGCUGGACGAUGAACAAAUCCUAGGGGAGUUGAACAUGGAUAUUUUUGAAGAGCAGUUUAAAACCAAGGCCCAGGGGAACGCUAAAGACCUGUCCAGUAAACUGAAGAAGCCCGCCCAGAAAGCACCACCCAAAACUACACUCAUCGACGCAAAUAAAUCAAAAAAUCUGGCUAUCACACUGCGCAAAGGAGGAAUGACACCAGACAAGAUCUGCACUGCCAUAGAGACAUAUGACCAGAGCUCUCUGUCCAUCGACCUGUUGGAGCUUCUGGAGCCUUUUAUACCAUCAGACUUUGAGAUGAAACUGUUGAAUAAUUAUGAAAAAGAUGGCCGACCUCUGGAGGAGCUGGCAAAUGAGGACCGCUUCGUUCUGCGUUUUGGAAAAAUCCCUCGUCUUCAACAACGCAUCAACACCCUCACUUUCAUGGGAAACUUUCCAGACUCGAUCAAACGCCUUCAGCCGCAAAUAGACUCACUCAUUUCUGCCUCCAUGUCAAUCAAAUCCUCAGACAAGCUGAAAAAAAUCCUGGAAAUUGUUUUGGCUUUUGGUAACUACAUGAACAGCAGUAAAAGAGGUGCUGCAUACGGCUUUAGACUCCAGUGCUUAGACCUUUUACUGGAAACCAAGUCAACUGAUCGCUCACAGACAUUACUACACUUUAUCACUAACGUCAUCCAAGAAAAAUAUCCGGACUUGGUCAACUUCCACUCCGAUUUACAUUUUGUGGACAAGGCAGCACUAGUGUCCCUAGAUGGCGUACUUUCGGACAUCCGCGCUCUGGAGAGGGGCAUGGAGAUGACCAAGAAGGAGUUUCUGGUGCAGGAUGACAGCAAAGUUUUGAAGGAGUUUAUCAAAACCAACAGCGUGAUACUGGAGUCGCUGAUUAAAGACAGUAAAACAGCACAGGAAUCCUACAGCUCUGCAGUGGAGUAUUUUGGAGAAAAUCCCAAAACUACACAGCCUUCCAUGUUCUUCCCCAUUUUUGGCCGAUUCAUUAAAGCUUAUAAGGCGGUGCAGAAAGAGCUAGAACACAAAAAGAAAAUGGAGGAAAUGAGUGAAGCAAAGGAAUCAUCAUCUCCAGCAAAAUCUACAGGACAAAAGGGUCCAAUGAUGCCGAAGAUGCCUCAGAUGGAUUUGAUCGCUGAGCUGAAGAAGAGACAGAAGCCUCCGGUCAGAGAGGGGAAGGACGGAGCGCUGGAGGACAUCAUCACAGAUUUGAGAAACUCUCCGUUCAGACGAGGAGAUGGACGGCGGCCAGCUCAGCGCCAAGACAGUUAGGCCUCUGCUGUUGUGACAAAUGUAACUGGAAUCACAGAUAUAUAAGUACACAGCUCUAUGUACAAUAUAACUAUUUACUAUAUAACCCGAAGGCAGUGUGUAUUAACAUUAAGUGUCAUGUUAUCUUGUAAAUACUUUUAAAUUGGAAUUAUUUGAUAUUUGUAAUACCACUCCAGUACUCCAUUUUAUUACCUAAAAAGUUACAGUAUAUCUUUGCUAUGAAUGUAAUACAUACACAAAGUUUUCAUUAUAUAAUAAAAUAUGUUUUGUAUGGU